GGCCGACAGGUAUAGGCAGGCAGGUAAUACCAGACUUUUAUGGCACCCUGCAGACCACUGACUGACUGCACGCCAGUGGCUUUAGGCACUCAGGGCUGAGCGCAGCAGUGAACGGAUACGCCUUGACGUGGUUGGGUGUUGUUGUUGUUUUUUCCAUCAAUUUAAGUACAGAGAUUGUGUGGUGAAGGGUAAAAUUAAGUCGUUUCAACUAUUUUGUUUUUGCCCAUGGAACAGUUUUGAAAAAAUCUCUCAAGAGUCUCCAUGUUCUCUCUGAUGGACUGACAGCAGCACAGGAUCAAGAAACCUCAAACGGAAUAGGCCUAUAAUCAAAAGGAUCAGCGAUUCCCCUGGAUCACAGCCACAGGGUAUUCUAAUCGAGCCCAGUGUUCUGUCAAUGGAGGACAGCACGCAUCUGAAGACCCCUGAUGUAGGCUGAACGAAGGAUUUCCACCAGGACAGGAAAUCGGACACGUUCAACUUGUUGUUUUUCCUCUUUUCCCCCCCAUCAUUUUCCAUCCAGGAAACCCCUUCAUGGUCCCUGCGCUUCUUUGGGGGAUAGGCUUAAAAUAACAGUGGGGCUUCUAUCUGGUAAACUGUCUCAACAGACCGCCAUGGACCCACACGGCCUCUCCGUGCUGUCCCAUCUGAGGGCCAAGCCGGUUGGCAAACUGAGGCGGAGGGUCCGGGAGCUCCGAACCGCCAACUCCUACUAUGGUGAGGGAGGUGGAGGGGGUCCGCCGACCCUGGACCUCAGUCACAGCGAGAGCCAGCGUUUGGCCGUGGAUGCCUUGAUGGGGGAGGGCGGCGUACAGGGCUACCGGGAUCUGCUGACCACGGAGGGCGAGGUGGACUUUCUGUCGGAGCGGGAGAAGAGUUACAUUCUGACGAAUCAACAGGAUGGACGCGUGGGCGGAGAUAGCGACACGGUAGAUGGCGAAGAUGAAGACGGGACUUCCCAGCCGUGUCGGAGCCCGCUGUCCCUCUGCCGUCUCUCUGCUUCAGAAGAGACUGCUGAUGAAUGCGCCACCCUGGAGCCCAAUCUGCCCCUCGGGAGUCAGAGUGGCGUGGAGCCGAGUGGAUCGGACCAGCAGAGCCAGACCAGCGUGGAAGUGUUUCUCCAGUCAGACAUCCGGGAGGGCAGCAUGAAGGACCUGGUCAGAGAGCAGAUCCGAAAGGCUCAAACGGCCCUGGUGGUAGUGGUGGACACCUUCAGUGAUGUGGAACUCUUGUGCGACAUUCUGGAGGCGUGUGCCCUGAGGAACGUGCGUGUGUACGUCCUGCUGGACCGCCUCAACGUGCAGCAGUUCCUGGACCUGUGUCUGACCCUGAAUGUCAGCGGCGAACACUUCCCCAGGCUGUCCGUGCGCAGCGUCAGUGGACAGGGCUACUGCACUAAGACCGGGAGGUGGCUCUGCGGGCAGGUCGCCCAGACCUUCAUCAUCAGCGACUGGACCCGGGUUCUGACCGGCUGCUACAGUUUCUCCUGGCUUUCCUGGAAGGUCAACCGGAACUUUAUUGUCCUCCUGGAGGGCGGCUCGGUGACGUCCUUCCGUCAGGAGUUCCGCCGGCUCUACCUCAGCUCCCAGCCGGUCCCACCUCUCUUCCCCACCGCCAUGAUGACCCUGGCCCCUUCUGCGCCACGGCCCACCCAACACCCGAACCCCUCUGACUCUGGGCUGAGGCGCAUGCUGAGGAGUCAGAGGUGGGUCACCACCGGCGACCACAACGGGACCACAGACAGACAGAAAGCGGAAGCGGCGGCGGAAACCCCAACCGCCGCCGAUCCGACCCAUUCGGCCUUAUCCGAGUUAGAGGUCGAACACAACCGCGCGGAAGCAUAUGUGAUGAGUCUGGCACUGGACGAAGCGCCGACGCCGACGCAGGCGGAGAGCCCGUCUCGAUGGAACCGAGAGAUGCCGCAGCACCGUGGCAAAGCUGAGGUCGACCACCACGGCCUCUCUGACGUUAACGUCGGCGCGGAGCGACGCUGGCGGACGCUGCAGCCGUACGCGUCCCACGCCCCGCCCUCCGACCCCUUCGGCCCGACGUUCUCCCGCUCCUACAAGCUCAACGUCACCGGGGUGGACGCGGCGUGGAGCCCACACGGCCCGUCCACCUCGAGGACGCAGACGAGUCCCCGAGCAGCUACGACUGAGCCCGCGACGGGGGGCGGACGCCUGUACCCGGAUUACAACAGGUUCCGCAGAGCAGCCAUGGUGUCGGGGACGGCCGCCGUCAACCUAGACACGCUGAGACGGUCGCAGAGGAAGGACCACAAGGCCCAGCCGAGGCCCGACACGGACACACAGCCUCUGCACAGGCCUCUCUCGCAGCGAGCGCACAACCAGGGAAACACACAGGGCUUCUUUAUCCAGACUCAAAGCCAAAGACAAUGGCCCGCGGCCCAGCCGUCGCCACAGAACAACCGGUGCCGGACACAAUCCCCCAAGCGUCUCAGAUCCCCGGCACACCCCCAUCAUCGGGGUCCCGGAGCAGCGUCCAAAGAGACGCAAUCCCAUCGGCCCGAUGCCAAAACCGAUUUCAGGACUCCGGCGAAUCAGCAGCCGGAAUCAGGGUUUUCCCAGGGCCCCCCUCUGGACCACCAGAGCUACCCCGCACAGCAGUUGGUGCCGUCUCAAAGGCUGCAUUGGAUAUCCCAGUUGCACUCCAGGCAGGUGUUGCAGAACGGGCCCGGGGUCAACGGGACGUGGGGGCCUAGGAGGGGGAUGGAGGAGCCCGGCCAGGGAGGCGCUGCUGGCACCGGGGCGCGGGGUCGGACCAGCGGGGCGAUCGGCAGACCGGCGGCGCUCCGAAGAGGAGCCUCCUUCAGUUGAAGGCUGGAGGAGGAUCGCUCAAUGGGACUCAGGGCCGGGGGCCUGCUGUCGAGGCUGGUCACUCGUAGCGGGAUUCUGCACCAGCGUUUACGAUGACGCGUUUAUCCAAAGCGACUUACAAGUACGUUGGUCAUAAGAAAGGGAAAAAAUGCAUCGCUGUCGGUACAGUGAGGAUGUUCAUAGAACCGAGUGCAAAGCACGAACAGUCGCUAGGUUAACCCGUGCCC